UCUUCUCAGUCUGUCACAUUCUUGUCUGCACAUUUCCUCAUCUCGCAUCUCGUCUCAAACAUCUCGCGCAUCUUAGCCAUGGUGAGCUUCUGUCCUAUAUGUGGGAAGCCUGUUUAUUUUGGUGAAAAGAAGAGGUCAUUAGGACGGGAUUAUCACCCGUUGUGUUUGAAGUGUCACAAGUGUAAAAGACAGCUUACACCAGGCCAGCACGCAGAGCACGAUGAGAAGCCAUACUGCACUAACUGCUACAUGAGGAAUUUUGGACCCAGAGGUAGUCGAAUGCCUGUUCCUCGGACAUUUAACACAGCUGCUUCUUAAGAGAAGUCGGACCAUCUUAAAAAUCACACCACAGCUUGAUCUACAAACAGCAACAUAACCAUCCUCAUAUAAUGUCUGUAAAUACAUAUAGUAUAGUAACCAAUGCCCUCCUCUCGAAAACACAAUUCCAUUCUUCAUUAAUUUUCUUUUCUGUUUGUAUUUGUCCGAACCUUCCUACCAAUCAACAGCCAUGUGCUUUGGCGUUCUCUCAAGGACCUGAGCUGUUCAUGAGUUUAUUGUACUUGUAUUAUAUUCCUGUCAUGCUUUCAGAGUAAAGCCACUUAUUAGGUUGAUUCAUUUUUUAACUAAAGUUACAUCUUCAGGGUUCACCAUUUUUCUGUCCUUCAAAAUGGAAAAGGUAAAAAUUUUAUUGAUAUAGGUAACAUUUUUUUUGUAGGUUUAAGCAGGUGGUCCUUAGGUACAUAAUGUGUUUUUGUUUUAUUAAUAAAAAGUCAAAAAUAUGUAUACCAUUAAUUAAUUGAUGAUAUUUUGUGCACUGUAUUGUUUGUUCUUGUACUUGAAUUUUGAAGAUCAGGGCCUUUAAACAAAGAAUCCCUCUCAUAAGGAAGCAAAUCCAUCUACAAAGCAAAAAGGACGAUAAUUAGGUAUUGUGUCUUUUUAAUUAGGAGCAGACGCCGUGUCCCAAACCUCACGGCGCGCAAGUGUUGGCUUUAUCAUUAUUGUAUGUUCAAGAAGAAUAUGUAUUUGAUUUAAGAUUUUAUCUUUUUUAUUAGUUAUAUAGUAAAAAGUGUCACUCAUUUCAUUCAGAAAUCUUCCAGCCAAUGAAUUGUCAACUCAUUCAAUCAGAAGAAUAAUGGUCUCUUAUCCUCAAAUCUCUAUAAAAAUAAAAAUACAUUUUACAACUAC